UUAAAUAAGAAAAGUAAAAAAAGAAGAAAAUUUCUAGUGCUGUCAAUUGGACGCGACGCCUGCGCAGCUGCCAAUUCUAAUUGGAUAUUUUGCAAAGCGGAAACGGAAGCGUCUGCACGCCAUUUGCUAAAAGGAGAGUUCGUUCAUGCAUUUAUGAGUCUGGCCUGUCGGAACACCCAGCACGCAAGCGCAAUCGCAAUCCAUGUGGCCGAUGCAUUGACGUUGCUCCGCAGAGACACUUGUCGCCCAGCUGAGUGAGCCGCGUGCUCGGGUUGAGCUGUGAGAGGGGUAAAAUGUUUUCACGGCAGCCGGCUGCUGGCGGCGCGGAUUUAUAUCAGGAUGAGGCAACAACAACGCUGCGUUCGGCGUUUCCCAACUCUCGACUGGAUUCGCUGGCGGCGCAUCCAACGCCCGCGAAUCCAGCGGAUCCCAGUAUGGACAGCCAGCUGGCUGCGCCCGAUCCAACCGAACUGGGCGGCGCCAGUGCUGGCUAUAAUCCGAGUCUGGACGAUGACUGGUGGUCCAAUGCCAUCGAGGUGGACACGUUCGAUUCGCCGCUGGCCUUCGAUGCCAGCGAGAAUGGGCUGUGGAAUGGACAUUUUGUGCCACCGCCGCCCCGUCCACCCUUUCUGGAUGAAAGCGUCGCCGCUGACGGCCUGACCACCUGUGAUCUAUGCACGUGGGCCUGGCAGCGUAAUGCCUACUCCCUAGACGGUUCGAUAGAUACCACUGGCGAGCUUGGAUGGGUAUUCACCCUAAUUGUAGUCUCAAUCAUAUCGGGUCUUAUAGGUGCUAUUGUAAUGGUCAUAUUUCUAAGAUGUAGAAGAAUUAAAUCAGCGAAUGCCAAUGGUGGUCGACCACAGCCGUGGUGGUGUCGUAACAAUCGCAACGGUGGCGGCCAGAAUCGUUCGCCGAUCUCCAUAAAGCAUUCGGCGGACAGCAUACGCCGGCCCACAAGCAACUCGGGCGUCUGGACCUGGCUGGGCGGCAGUCGACGCUCGUCGGCGGGCCCGGAUCAGAUUGGGCCGCCAUCGACAUCUCCGGCCGAGAAUCAUUAUACCCACAUGGACGAUGCAUAUAGUCCGGUGGGCGUCAGCGAAGCACUCUAUGCGGAACUCGAUCGCGAAUCGGUGCGUUCGGCAAACCCGUCGUAUCAGAAUACGGCGUACAGUCAGUGUGGCGAGAAAUACAAUUUCCAGGCACACGAGCAAGACAUUCCCAUGGUCGUCUCGUCAGCGCCGAGCAGCGCCUACUACUCGGAUCUGUCCGUCACCGCCAUGCCGGGCGGCGCCAGUGGCAGCAAUCAGGGCGCCUAUGAGAUUGUUGGUCUGAAUGUCAUGUCGCAGCCGUUGCCCAAUUGGGAGCACCACGGCGGCGGCGGCGGCGCUGGCGGUGGCAACGGCGUUGGAGGCGUGGCCACCACCACUGGGCUGGCGCCGAACGAUGCUGCCAUGACGCAACGACGCAUGCCACGUCUGGCAGCCAUCAAUGAGACGAGCACCAGCACCGUGCCCUCGGACUAUGUCUGAGCAGCUGAAGCAGGAGCUGCAGGAGGAGGAGCAAUUAAUUUGUAAUUUAUAUACGAGAUAUGUGACUUUAAAAAAGUAGAGAGAGAUUAAGAAAUGCGAGCUUAACAUGUUAAUGAAUUACGUUAAACACAAUCUAUAUAUACAUAUAUAUAUAUACAUAAAUAGUAUACAAAUAGCUGUAUGGAUAUAUAAAUAUUUAUAUUUAUAGCAUAUGCUAGCUUAGAGUUAGCGUAGUCUCGAUUUGUGUCUUUUGUUUAUGUCUGAAUUGUAAUAUAGGACGACAGAUUUACAUACAAGCAUGUAUUAUAAAUCUAGUUUUAAUAUAUCUAUAUAUAUAUACACACAUAUAUAUAUCUAUAUAUAUAUAGUGUUAAACAGCGAUUAAAUCGUGGGUGAUAUUUAGCCUAAAUAUGCUAUAUUCUUAUGUUCUAUGUACUUUAGCAUUUUCUAAAAAUGUAAAACAGAAAUGGCAAGAGAAAAGAGAAACGGAGAACAGGAAAACCGGAAAGCGAACAAUGAGCAUUUUUUUCGAAUAGGCGAGAGAAAUGCAUUUCAGUCUAAGUCUAAGCGAAAACAACCCAACAAUGUACCCAAAAUCAUAUUAUCAUAUAUACACGCUCACACACACACACACAUAUUUACAGCGAAAUGAAUUUAUGCUUACAGGAAAUAUACUAUAUAUACAAUAUCUAUAAACGAAGCAAAGG